GCCCCGCCUCCACUUAGCGUUGAGGCGCGGAAAUCAAGCAUGGCUCAAGUGGCACACGACAGUGACAGUGAUGUUGAGAUUGUGGCACAUAGCUGCCCAACUCCACGUCCUAAACGAAGGCGUGUCCUCGACCCUCUAUCCAUUCCAGCGGUGCCCAUUUCCUACAAAAAGGUCACACAUAAACCUUUAGUGAAACAACCACUCUACAAACAAGUGGACUGUACAGAUAUCAGUGAAGAAGAAAAAGAAGCCAGUCUUUGGCUUCCGUCCCCACCCAAAUGUAAGAACCAUCCAAUUACCAUAAACUUGAGUGACUCUGAGGAGGAAACAGAACAAGAAAUGCCUCAUUUGGAAACUAAGCGGUCAAACAAAAGAGUAAGGCCUAAAGAUAUACCAGACUUCAGUGACUGUCGCUCCCAAAUACAUGACCGCUACAAGGAUGACAACAAUAUUAUAAUAAAUAAUAAAAAGCAAAGGCGUCCACUCAAACCUAAGCGCAGAGACCGUGCCCGAAAAAUCUCACUGAAAAUUCGCUGGCGAAUGGAUGUUCACAAAAUUCCAGUGCUUUCAACGGAUCCUCUGAGCAAGGCUGUAGCUCAGCUGUCUGUCAAACUUAAAGUCCCGCCCACUAAAAUACUGUUGAUGAAAAAUGAUGAUGAGCUUCAAGUGCAUUUAACAAUCACACAGCUAGAUCUUAGCAUUACAGACACUAUAGACUGUCUUGUGAUAGCCGACGACAAAGAAGAUGAAAGUAGCUGUGAUGUCAUUACCCUGCGACUGCAAGGCAAAGAAAAAGGAUCCGUACAAGAAUAUUCCUUAGAUAAAGAUGCUCCUCUGGGUUCCAUUCUGUCACAGUACACUUCAGGUCUGUCCGCUGCUGCUAAGCGCAAGGUCAAAUUCCUUUUCGAUGGGUUAAAGUUGAAACACAAUCAGACCCCUUUACAGCUGGAUAUGGAAGACGGUGAUGUCAUUGACGUCUGGGCCUAAUUUCAUUAACAGUAUUGUUUCAUGUCAGCUGUCUCAUUUGCUGUUUCUUUCUUCAUGAGGUUUAAAUUUUGGUGCAUAUAUAGAUUUUUAUCUUAUUUAAAAAAAUUACAUAUGUUUCUACAUCACAUGUACAGUAUAUUUACUAUUUUAAACAAUAAUAAAAGUCUUGCUGCUGUUUUAUUUAUUUAUUUUUUGAGUUCUGUAUUAACUGAAAUUAAUUAGUGGUAGUAUAAGAUGUUUGGGUGUAAAAGAAAAAAGGUGCAGAUUAUAAUAAACACUGAUGGG